UGUAACUAUGAGGUUUAAAAAGCAGACCCUGGUGUCGGAAGAUACUUCAGAGGAUGAGAUCGGGCACAACUACUUAGGGACUUUGAUGUAUGGCCGCUACCAACGCGACCUAAGUGAAGCGGCGCGCGAGGAAGCCCGCCGGCUGCGACGCCUGCGCAAGAGACGGCGGAAAGACGAUAAACUGCGACAGAAGGAGUUAGAGGCGACGGGAAAAGGCCGGCCGAGGGGGAAGUUCGUCAAGGUGCUAGGUUACAUAUGGCGGCACACGUUCGCCCGGUUAGGGGAAGAUUGGGUAUUCUUAGCAGCACUGGGUAUCAUCAUGGCCGUUCUCAACUUCGCUAUGGACAGAGGCAUUGCCAUCUGCAAUAAUGCUCGCAUGUGGAUGUACAACGACCUAGCUACGUCCACAUUCAGCCAAUACGUCGCCUGGGUAUCUCUGCCAGUGUGUCUGAUCCUCUUCGCGGCUGGAUUUGUACACAUAGUCGCGGCACAAAGUAUAGGAUCUGGUAUACCUGAAAUGAAAACGAUACUCCGAGGAGUCCAACUAAAAGAGUACCUAACGUACCGAGCGCUCAUAUCCAAAGUCAUUGGUCUCACUGCCACGCUUGGCUCCGGAUUGCCUCUAGGAAAAGAGGGUCCAUCAGUCCACAUCGCCUCAAUGGUAGCCCAGCUGCUCUCCAAACUAGUGACGACCUUCCAAGGAAUCUACACCAAUGAGUCCCGCACUACAGAAAUGUUGGCCGCCGCCUGCGCAGUGGGUGUGGCUUCCUGCUUCGCUGCUCCAGUUGGAGGCGUCCUAUUUUCGAUUGAAGUAACGACCACGUAUUUUGCUGUGCGCAACUACUGGCGCGGAUUCUUCGCUGCAUGUUGCAGUGCCAUUAUGUUCCGUCUCCUCUCCGUCUGGUCCGGAGCCUUGCCGACGGUCAAACCGCUGUUCCCUACUAACUUGCCCCAGGACUUCCCCUUCGACCCACAGGAGUUUGCCGUGUUCGUCCUUUUGGGAAUCGUGUGUGGACUGUUGGCAGCGCUUUGGGUGUGGUUACAUCGACAAUAUGUACUGUUCAUGAGGAAAAAGCCUAUCAGCAGCUUCCUACAAAAGAACCGCUUUAUCUACCCGGGAUUCAUGACUUUGGCCGUGAUGUCGAUUCUAUUCCCGCCUGGUAUUGGCAAGUACAUGGCGGCUGAUUUGGGCAACCAGGAGCAGGUGUUAUCCCUCUUCGCCAACUUCACCUGGUCGGACAACCUAACAGCGGAGCAGGCCUCAAUGGUUGCCCACUGGGAAACCCCUGAAGUCAACCUCUACGGCUGUCUCUGGAUCUACUUCCUGUCUAUUUACUUCCUAAGCAUGGUGUCCUGUACACUGCCUGUUCCGGCCGGUAUUUUCGUACCGGCGUUCAAAAUGGGGGCCUCACUCGGGCGCCUGACUGGAGAACUCAUGCAUUACUUCUGUCCCCUUGGAGUGGCCUAUGGGGGACAUAUACAGAAGAUUCUGCCAGGCGGCUACGCUGUGGUCGGUGCAGCGGCGUUUACCGGCGCCGUCACACACACCGUGUCGACCAUCGUCAUCGUCAGCGAGAUGACAGGACAGGUGACCCACAUCCUUCCAAUAAUGGCGGCCGUACUAGCAGCCAAUGCGGUCGCAGCGCUCCUGCAGCCGUCCUGCUUUGACAGCAUCAUCCUGAUCAAGAAACUGCCUUAUCUUCCCGACCUACUGUCUUCAGCUAGCAGAAUGUAUGACAUUUGCGUAGAAGAUUUCAUGGUGCGAGAUGUCAAAUACAUAUGGAAUAGGAUGACAUUCCAGCAACUGAAAGAUUUAUUGAAAGAAAAUAAGGCAAUAAAAAGUUUCCCACUAGUGGAUAGCCCCGCUUCUAUGGUUCUUCUAGGCUCAAUCCACCGCUGGGAACUAGUCAAGGUCAUUGAACAGCAAGUCGGUAGAGAGAGACGGCUGCAGGUGGCAGCGUUAUGGCAUCGCGAGGCCGAGCUGAGAAGGAGAGAGACGGAACGACGAGCGAGACGACCGUCUCGAUUCGAGGUGACGCCGGCGCCCGACAUGCUGGGGCUGCGGCCGCCCGGCAUGACGAGGGGAUCCUCGCUCACCACCAAAGAUCAGGAGGGACUUAUACCGGCGCCUGGUCAACUAUUCCGACCGAAGUCUAUCCUGAAGAAAACAAACUCAUUCACACUAACCCGAGGACUCGGGUCGCCGCAGCCGCUCACGCCAACCACUCCGUCCGUCUACACCACCGUCACCGGCGCCGAAACGCGAAUCCGCGCUGCAUUUGAAGCUAUCUUCAAACGAUCUACGUUGCUGCAAGAUGUAGAAGGUGGUUUAGAAAGUGGCCAGCUGUCUCCAGGGCUGGCCAGGAGCCCAAGCAUUAACAAGAAAGUGCAGCUGCCCCGGGAACGAGUUUGCGACAUGUCUCCCGAAGACCAGAAGGCGUGGGAACAAUUAGAGAUGGGCAAAGAAAUCGAUUUCGACCGCAUGCUGCAAAUUGCCCGCAAGAGAGAUACGCAACUGGACGAAACUGACUAUGAAGACGAAACCAGCCUGUACUACUGCCAUAUCGACCCCGCGCCCUUCCAACUGGUCGAGAGGACCUCAUUACUCAAGGUUCAUUCGCUGUUCUCCACGUUGGGAGUGAGCAGAGCUUACGUCACGGCUAUCGGCAGGCUUAUAGGUGUUGUCUCACUACAAGAGCUUCGUAAAGCCAUCGAAGAUGUUAACUCCGGCGUGCUGACCCUCGCGACCCGCCCCGCGCCCCCCGCGCCCCCACCCCCUCCCCCCGCCGCGCCCCGCGCCGGCUCCGAGCCCGCGCCCCCCAGCGACAGCGAGACGGCCAAACUCACACAAGACACCAAGUGAACGAGGUAUUGGGAAUAAAACGAGAUGUUAUACGAACAUUCAUGAGAUAAUAAUAUUUUCAUCACACUCGCUCAGUAAAUGUGAAAUUGCACGCAGGCUUAGCGGAAACUAUGGAAAAAGCGUUUUCCCUAGGGAGUUAUGAAGUUUCUAGUAUUAUAAUUAACAGUUAUUUAUACUUCACUCUUGUAUCGCAAGUGUGAUGAAAAGCAUUAUGUAACUCGGGGCGUAAUAAUAUUGCAAACUCGAGUCUAUAAAUCGCUCCGGUAAGCCGUUAUUUAACUUACGCCCCAUGCUGCACAAUGUACUAUUGUCUUACAAGGGGGCAAAGUUGUUGUUUAAUACCCGUAAAAAAUCCAAAAUUGAACCACGACCGUAGCGAGUGCUUCGAAAAGUGGAAUCUUGAGUGGGUCUCAAAGGUACCUUAUUGCGGUUGGCUAUUAUUAACGACGCUCCAAUAUUGAUGCGUUGCUAACCGACGUAAGCGCCAACCACCAUAAGGUACCUUCACCCGUGGAACGUCACAAAUAUCAUAACGCCUCUUAAUUUACAAAUCCAUUAUAUAUUAGUGCAAAUACUUGCCUAAAAUAAACAAAACAUUAAAUAAUAUUAAGUAUUUAAAAAAUAGACGGUAAAAUUAUUACCGUAAAACCACUCAACUAUACCACAGUACCAGUACCACAACUUUUUUUUUAUUAGUCUACUGUAGUGUCCCACUGCUCGGCAAGACCUCCCUCGUUUUCUCCACUCGACCUGUCAUUGGCAUUUUCCCACCAUUUUGAGUAGAAUGCGUUCAAGUCGCCAUCUUCUUUUCCACAACUAUGGUCCACAGUCCACAAAUUGAAUAUGUAAAUAAGUUUUAAAUAAUUUUAAGAUUUAUACAGUUGUUUUUAGUCACUCAUGCGACAUGUUUCGGAGAGCCUAUGUCUCCUUUCUCAAGCACUAAAAGUGCGAGCAGCCUUCACAACGGCCGUGUAUCGCGUACUGACAGUACGUGACUAACAAGUGAGUAAACCGUAAAAUUAUUUAAUGUUAGUAUGUCUCACAACAGUUUAAAUUCGAUUAUGUAAUUAAGUAUGUAUAAAUGCCAAUGUACUUUUUCGAUUUUUCUGAGUUUUUUCUUCCAUUUUUGUGAAUAUGUUGCCAUAGAAAUACGACAUUCGAAUAAUAGUCACAUCUGAACGAAGAUAUUAGAAUAGAAUAGAAUAGAAGAGAGGGAGAGUUUUUAUUCGUACAGAGACAGACUAUAGACAUACAUUAAAAGAACAUGGUGAACAUAAAGUGGCACGAAAUGGCCCCAUCUCAGCAUGCUGCUGGCGACUUCAAGCGCUGAUCUUCCGAUGAGACCAUCAAGUGAGAAUCACGGAAGGUAACAGACAAGAAGAAAGCAACAUAAAGGGAUAAAACAUAAUAUAUUUGAGUUAAUGUUGGACCAUAGGAUCUAUUGAACUAUAUAGGUAGUUGGGUGGUAUGUUACGUGGUACGAAACCCUGCUAAUGUCAUGCCGCGGUUUAUAGUAUGAAUUUUAUGAGAUGAUUUUUUCGCCUCCAUGAAAAAUGACCUGCCGUUUUCGCCACCCGCGGGGCUGAUUGUUCUUCGAAUAAGCUGUUAAAUAAAUUUGAAACUUAAUAAUAUCACGAUAGUUUUCAUAGUUUUAUUUCAUAGUAGAUAACUAUCGCGGUAACCGAAGACAAUAUUAAGAAUAAGAAUAAUUUUAUUGACAAUAGAAAACAAUAUUCUGAGACAUAUAAAAUAUAUAUUUAUAAUAAAACAUUAGGUAUCUACAUCAAAAUGGCUACGGCACACAGUUAACAUAGUAACACAUACACAUACAUAUAGUGAGACAUAUUAAUAUCACGAUAGUUGCUUUUUAACGACAUGGUUGCUUUGGCAUGCGCCGAAUACGGCUCUGCACAAAAGAAACAAAAGGCUUUUGUUUAAUAGAUAGGGCCCGAGUCGAAAACAGUCAUCUCAUAAAAUUGUACAAAGUUUGAUGAUCGAUGAUUGUCACAUAUUUGAAAUGACGAUGUUAGAUAUGACAACUGAGUUGUUAAAUAUUUUAACUUAAAUAGGAUAUACUAUACUCUGUAAAUAGCUUGUAAUAUUUAUUUUGUACUAGCAAUUUUGUGGCUUAUUGUGAUUUCAUUGUGCAUUGUGUCUAUUUUGUAGUUUUGAUAUAGGUAUUUAGUAUUUACAAAACUCGCAAAAUGUUUUUUGGAGUUAAUUGGAGUUUACUCCUUAAGUAUCGAUACUUUUUCAUAAACAGCGUGGAAAAAAUAAUAGACCCUGGAGGGCAAGUACCUUAAAACCUUAAGUUAGCUCAUUUUACUCAAAUUUUAUUUAAAAAAAAAACUGCAUUCAAGGAUUUUUUUUAAUUCGCUUCCCUCGUCCGGAAAUUAAACCGACUAAAGAUUCAAUAACUGCUAAAUAUGCGAUUUUAUGGAUAAACUUAAGGUUUGAAGGCACUUUCCCUCCAGGUCCCAUUAAUUUUAUCACAUGAAAAUCUAUGGGGAGAAAAAUCAAAUGUUACGUUACGUUUCGUGCGUAACUUAUUUUGCGCAUCCCAUAGCAAAGGCUGCGUGGAAACACUUUAUUAAUUUUAUAAUAUAAGUAAGGAGUAAACUGCAGUCGUGCGUCGGAGCUGACACACACACAUUUUUUUAGAUCCCAAAACUUAAACUUUUUACUUGUCUUAUUCAGUUUUUUUUUUUUAAUAAAACCAUUGCCAUUUUUAUUAAAUUCCGCCAAAAUAUCUAAAAUCCCCGUCACCAAAAAUAAAAAUUCUGACACCAUGCAUUAAUUUUUGUCAUAUUUUUUACAUUAUUUUUCAUAAUUAUAGAUACAGAAUGAAAUAAAUAAUUAACCACCAGCCAUACUCUGCGUAGUGUCUUUAUAGGUGUUACUGAACAACUUUUAUUAUGGGACCAAUGCCGAAAUCGCGACAAAAAAUUUGACCAGCCCAUAGAAAUCAGCAGCAUCACAUCAGCCGCAAUGUAUGAAACAGCCAAAUUUCACUCUGUAUUAAAAUGCAAGAUGUCAAUCUAAACUAUAGCUGAAACUGAGAACUGCCUUCAGUAUUAUAAGAUUUAGGCAUAAUUUAACGCUUUAUUACUGCUUGGACAGUUAUCUUUAAUCGACAUAAUCGUAGGGUAGGACGGGGACGUUUGAAACACUUUAUGUUUAACCGCCUGUAACUAUUUUAUUUUUAGUAGGGUAUGUGCCUUUAUUACGAGUAUUAUAUAAUAAUAGAGCCUUUUAUUCCUUAAGUAUACAUGUAGUUACAAUUCAAAUUGCUUAUAUUUAUUUUCUAAUUUAAGGACCCCUUCUGGGUAUAAGCCGUAUACGAGUAUUAAAGGUUGUUUAUUUCGUUUUUAAAUAAAAUGUGUUUGAAAAGCCUAUCGCCCAUGGAUACGUAAUGAUAGGGAAUUAAAGAGAAUGUGGAAAAGUGGUUUUACCCCAUAAGUGUGUUAAUUGAAACACCUACAAUUUGUUAUUUCUAAUCUUUUUUAAAUAACUAUCACGGUAUUCAAUGAGAUCAACAAAAUUUCGCAAUAAAAUUAAGAAAUUUGACUUGUUUCAAUCAUAACGUGUUUCAAUUGCCCCCGUCCUACCCUACUAUAAUGUUUCGCUAUGUAGUUUCGCUAGCAGAAGCAAAUCUUUUAGUCAGAAAAAUGAUUUGUACAAUACGUUGCACGUAAAUUAAUGAUCUAGUCAAUUUACACAUUACACAAACUUUAAAAAUGUAUUCUUAUAAGAAAAACAAAUAUAUACAGUAAAUAACAAAAAAAUGGUAAUGAAUGUUUUAAAAAAUUGUACACCGCUUAUUUUUUCUUGAAUAAGUAUAAUGUCCAGCAGUUAAUUUUUAUAUGUUUAUGACGAAUAGUUUAGUUUAUUUGUGACGUUUUCAAUCAAAAGGUACCACAUUGACGCUUACCAUAAGGACAAGUACCACAUUGUAUCUUUAUUCAAAAACCUGUCAGAGCGUCCUAAUGGCAAGCGGCAAUGUGGUACCUUUUGGUUGGAAACGUCACAUUUUUUGAUAUUUUGAAUGUGUUGAAUGUAAAAUGGUGCUUUUUGGAAUUGACGUAUACGAGUAUACAGUUUAAUUUAUUUUAGUCAUAUUUAUUUUGAACUAUAUAUUUUUAUGAAUUUUAGAUAGGUAUAUAAAAGACGUUUAAUUUUGUUUGACAACUUUAUACGUACAAUUACUAGUUAAGUUGGAUGUAAUUGUGUCAUUUUCAACCAAAAGGGUACUUAUUGUCGGUUGUCCAUAAGGCGCUAUUUCCAUAUAGCUUCAAUUCGAAAUCAACCUAAUCGACAAGCGACAAUGUGGUACCUUUUGGUUGAAAACGUCACAUAUAUUUAUUCUAUGUGUAUUUGUGAAAUUAAUGAAAUUAUCCGUUAUAUACUAUUUGAUAUGCUAUGUAUAGUGUGCUUCAGUUUCAUAGGUUAAUAAACAAGGUACCUGCGCCAAAGAUGGCCCGGUUCUAAAACUUAUAAAACUCAUAUUUUUAUAUUUUGCGUAAUUUUGCGUCCAUGUUCGCUAGUAACAUAGACCAAACUGCAACUUCAAUAUAAAACAUAAGAAAAAAAAUAACGAUUGGCCUUCUUUGGUGCAGGUACCUUAACUUUUUUUUUAAUAUACCUAGGUACCUACUUAUGACAAUUGAAGCAUACUGUACUAUUGUCGAAAAACAAGGCUUGUGAUUUAAAAUCAUUCCAAAAAAUUUAUUUGCAGCAUUUAAAUGUGUAAGUUUAGUGAAACUAGACGUGUGGAAUGAAGCUGAAAAAAAAUCAUUUUUAGGGUUCCGUACCCAAAGGGUAAAAACGGGACCCUAUUACUAAGACUGUAUCAUUGAACCGUGAUAGCUAGACAGUUGAAAUUUUCACAGAUGAUGUAUUUCUGUUGCCCCUAUAGCAACAAAUACUAAAAAGUACGGAACCCUCGGUGGGCGAGUCCGACUCACACUUGUCCUUUUUUUAGUGCCAUCUUUCGGCCACACUAAUAAUAUAUCUGCGAUUGCAGCUAAUUGUCACAACCCUACAUAUUUUUUAUUACCGCAGAUAUAGUUUUGGCAACGGCCGCUUAAUUAAUUGCUCCUGAUUGUGAUUUGAUUUUUAAAAAAAAUUAGGUGUUUAAAAAUGUAUGUUUCAAAAAUUAAUUUUUAAUCAUUUUGGUCAAGACACUACCCUGAAAUUGUUGUUUUUGGCAAUUUUUCCAAGUCAUGUUUCGGUUAAAAGGUUAAACUAUGUACAAAAAUAGUAUUAGAGUUAGACCAAAAUAAUUUUAUAUUAAUUUAAUAUGCUAUCAUAAUCAUUGUACUUUUCUUUGUCUAACUUUACCUAAAAAAACUACACAUAAGUAUAUCUGUCCAUUAUAAAGAUGGUAAUGUUUCGUAAAUAAUGGAAUAGUCAUUGGAAAAUAAUGUGAUGUAUUUGUGAACUUUUUGUGGCAAAAUACCAUUUUAAGCUAACAUGGUCGUUUACGUAAAAACUAAUGAAAAAAUGAAAAUGAAAAAUUGUUUAUUUCGUUUAAGAAUUACUUAUACAGGUAAGUGUUGGUGCCUCUUUUUAAGUAAGAAAAUACCUGUGUUAAGAGGCCACUAAUAUGCCGAAAUAUCGGGUUAUUACCUGUUAUUGCGAUAAAAGACAUAAAUAUGCACAUAACACCCCUUUUUAUAGUAGUUAUAAUUUUUGGCAAGUCUAUUUGUUUAUGUAAAAUGAACGUAUCGAAUGAACAUAUUUGGAGCAAAUUCCUGGGGCAUUUCAGCGGUGUCAGCAUGGUUGCAUUUCUAUCACCUGUCACUAUGCCUGUCACUUUCGCACUUAUGCUUGUUAGAACGUGACAGGCAUGGUGACAGGCGAUAAAAAUGCUACCGUGCUAAGCCCGCAGAAAAGUGUCGGGUACGUGACGUUAUUUUUUAACACUUCAGAUAAAAUCAUAUUCUGCAUAUACGUCUGCGAGCGAUACUUUAAAUUUUAUUUUAAAGGAAAAAAUGGAAAAAGUUACACUACCGGCAGGAUUUGAACCCGCAACCUCCGCAAUCCGUGCGUUGCUCUUAACCAAUUGAGCUAUGGAAGCCUACCAGAACCUUGCAAAUCUUUCCAUUCCUUCCCUUAUGUAUACACGCCUUUGGGGUGGCGUAAAGCGACAUCUACCGUAAGACGAUUACAUCUUUUUAACGACACCGGAGUCUCAAGUUGCAUUGAGAAUUCACCAGUAACAAUGUGCUAACCCAUACUAUAAUCAAUUUUUUUUUAACAUGCAGAUACGUCUGCGAGCGAUACUCUAAAUUUUAUAUUAAAGGAAAAAAACCCGGCAUUUGGCACGAGGUUUGAUAAUUUAGUUUUAAACUCAUCGGUAUAUACCUAUAUAAUAUAAUACAGAUUUCUGCCGGGUAUUAAGGUAGCUGCCAUACGCGUCACGUCCCUGACAUUGUAGAAAUUCCUUUUGGAGUGCCCCCCCCCCUAUUUUUACACUUGUUUCAAUAAAUAUAAACCUUGGAAGUGUGAUUGCCUUCUAAAUACGCUUGCUUAUAUAAUUAUAUCGCCCAAAGGGCUCUUCGUCAGUGUGAUCUGUUGCUUUUUGAAUAGACGAUAUUUUGUGAUGUUAUUA